AUGUUAAUUUUACCUCUGCCUUCCGGUGGAUUAUAUACAGGGUAUCCACGUUCUGAGUACGGUUACUGGUUACUGAGAGGUGCUGUUUUAUUCCAGCAGAGGCGUAGUGCUAGGGAUAAUCAGGACUCCUGCGGCAUUACAUUUUGGUGGCACAUGCCACCAAAAAAAAGAAAGCAAUGGAAUGCAGAAGCGAUGAAGAGGGCAGUAGAAGCAGUUAAGACCAAGGAAAUGGGAACUCUCAAGGCGUCUAAAGCAUUUGGCGUGCCCAAAAGCACACUGAUUGAUUAUGUAAUAAGUAAGAAACCGGAUGAUACAUUACUUGCUAUCAAAUUAGGCAGAAAACCUACUUUAACAAAUGAACUUGAAGAAUCACUAGUUGAGUAUGCUCUCGAAAUGGAAAGACGACACCCAAAAUUGUCUUUCCAAAAACCACAGGGAAUUUCUGCAGCCCGUGUUAAGGGUUUUACAAAAGAGAAUGUUCAAGCAUUUUUCAACCUCCUUGGUAGCGUUUUGCCAAAAGUUGGCUUUAAUCCCGCAGCAAUCUAUAAUGUUGAUGAGACUGGUAUUACGACAGUACAACACAAACAUGUCAAAGUGAUAAGUUUGAAAGGAAAAAGGCAAGUUGCAGCUUUAACUGCUUCGGAACGGGGUGCUUUAGUAACUAUUGUAACGUGUAUGAACGCUGUCGGUCGUUACAUACCACCAAUGUUGGUGUUUCCCCGCAAAAAUAUGAAGCCUGAGCUUCUAAAUGGAGCUCCCCCUGGGUCCGUUGCCAGAUGUCAUCCAUCGGGAUGGAUUCAGCAAGACAUUUUUAUAGACUGGCUGAGGCACUUUAUUUUACAUGUAAAACCUAGCGAAUCCGAACAAGUUGUCUUGAUAUUAGAUGGACACUAUUCUCAUUCAAGGAAUAUUGAUGUUAUCAACAUUGCCAGAGAUAAUUUCGUCCAUAUUAUCUGCCUACCUCCCCAUUCUACAAAUAAGUUACAACCACUCGAUGUCUCCUUUAUGUCACCUUUCAAAACUUAUUAUGCUGCUGAAAUUGAAACAUGGCUUAGAGCAAAUCCAGGGAGACUUGUAACUUCCUAUCAAAUAUCGGAACUAAUGGGAAGAGCCUAUUUAAGAGCAGCGAGUUGUGAAAUUGCAGUGAAUGGUUUUAGAAAAUGUGGAAUAUUUCCAUUCCAACCGACAAUUUUCCGAGAUGACGAAUUUGCCAUCCAUUCUUCAAAUGAAAGACAAUCAGUCGAAGGAGAUAAUGACGAAAAUUAG